AUACAGAUUUGGGAGGCUCUAGCGAGGGCGGUGGGUCUCAUCUUGUUACCAGAGAGGAAAUUACUUUUAACUAACUCCGCUUCAACCCCCCUUGGUUAGCUACUUUGUUGAUGCCGCGCGCGGCACGAGCAGAUGCACCAUCUCAGAACGCCAAACUGACACAGGAACAUUUUAACAGAAACUAAUUUCAUAGAGCAACAUUUUAGCCAGACUGUCUGUUCAUUACAUCGACAUAGACUACGUUUAUGAUGACAGACUCAGGUUCGGAACUGCUGAUGAACUACGGUCAGGAGACAUUACAGUUGAACAAGGAGUUGGAGCAAAUGGUAGAGACCAUGGAGAAUAUAUCAGUGCAGCUUAGUUGGAUGGCGUAUGACAUGGUGGUGCUGCGCACAGACCCAGGCCACGCCCAGGCUCUCCGUCAGCUGAAAGAGGCGCAUGACCUCUGUGACUCAGUCGUGCGCACCCAGCCCACCACCACCACCACCACAAUAUAGCCCUGCGCUGGAGGACUAACACCACCACCACACUGUAGCCCUGCGCUGGAGGACUAACACCACCACCAUCACCACACUGUAGCCCUGCACUGGAGGACUAACACCACCACCACCACACUGUAGCCCUGCACUGGAGGACUAACACCACCACUACCACCACCACCACACUGUAGCCAUGCACUGGAGGACUAACACCACCACUACCACCACCACCACACUGUAGCCCUGCAGUGGAGGACUGAGCUGGUGAUGUGCUGCACUCCGCUGCCCAGUCUGAAGUCCUGCUGUCGGUCUGCACAGGGGUUCAGCCCCAGGGCACAGUGCUGUUCGUUUAUAAAGUGUUUAAUGACACUCUGUUCAUUAAUAAAGUUAACUCGACUCGA